AUGGAUCACAAUGAGCUUUUAGAGGCAUUUCUUUAUUCUGGCAGAGGCUUCAAAGGGUUCAUCUCAACAGCGCUGCACUCCAGCACUCCGCGGGUUGUAACUACUCAAAGGCAAACAGGAAUACACCAGGGGACCGCAGGACAGGCAGCCUACCACGCUUGCUCUCCUGGAAGCGCCUUGGGCUUCGCUUCAGCACACGGCUCACGGGGGAGGCGAUCCCCCAGCCCUCAGACAGCAAAGAGUCCUGCUGAUAGUACUCCAAGAAGACCUGUCUUAUCUGUCAGUGCAAGAAAGAUUAAAGAUAAUGCAGCAGACUGGCAUAAUCUAAUGAUGAAAUGGGAGAGACUGAAUGAUAAUGGAUUUACUACAGCAAACAAAAUUGUCAACAUGAAAAUCAGUGAGCAGUUUCAAGAUAAUAAAUCAGAGAUAGCAUGUGAUAACAGCACCACAGAGUCUGAAAAGGCGUCUCCAAAAUACAAUGAAGAGCUGGAUAGCUGCUGUGCAGAAUUGCUUGAGACCUUAAAGCAUAUGACAAAAAUACAACUCAAAAUGGAAAAGCUCUCUUCGACUACUAAAGCAAUUUGUGACUUGGAAGCAUUCCACCAUGGAGCUGGGAAUUGCACAGCCCCUCUGUUUCACACAUGGCCCACAGCAUACUUCUAUGAGGUCUCUGUGAAGCUCUCUGAAAUGUACAAGGAGGAGCUACUACUCAAGCAAACAAUUGUACAAGAUAUUGCUCAUUCUGCUGACCAGGAUCUGUUGAUGGUCUAUUUAUCAUCAUGGUUAUACCAGCCUUACAUUGAGAACAGCAGCAAACUACUAUUAGAAGCCAUGCUGUUGGAAACAGGACAUAGACAGUGCUAGAGCUACGAAAGCUGCUGGCUUGUUUCUGAAGAUACUUGCAUGAAAUUGAAAUGGUGAGUUUGCAAGGCUUACCAUGUAUGUUAAAUUUUUGUAAAACUUAUUAAAAAUAUUUUUCUCUAUUUGUAUUUAUUG